CCCCCCCCCACCUGCCUCUUUGCCUACUUGUGAUCUCUGUCUGUCCAAUAAAAUCUUUAAAAAAUUACAGAUUCCUGAACUCAACCAUUUGUCUAUUCUCUUCUGCCUUCCCCAGAGAUGCAGCCAUGUCCCGAUAAGCCUUCAGUAACCUUUCCAAGUCAGAAUGAUGUUUUCAGACAAAUAAUCUCUCUGGAGCCUUGGGAGAAUCUAAGUGGUCUUCUGCUGGCCCACCUACCAGAAACAAUCUCCUCCACGGUUCUCCCCUUCACACUUUUCCUCCUAGCUCUCCCCAAGGGCAGUCCACUCUAAUCAGGCCUGACUUCCUGUGUCCUCUAACACACACCACAUUAAUUCAGGCAACCCUGGAAUAGAAAGAAGAUGAUGUGGUUCUCAACCAGGGUUGCCCAACCUCUCAAAUAGUAGUCCUGUCAUUUUCUACCUCCAGGACACAUCCCCUUUGCAACUGCCCUGGGAAACAAGCAUCCCAUCUUUGUAUAUUCAAGGUCAGCAAGAGGGGGGUCCCCUCCUAAGGAAGUUCAUCUCUCAUUGCUAGGAGGUUCUUGGCUGCACUAUAUCCAAGGCUGCCCCAAAUAUGGUUCUUUCCUGUGGGCCUGAUCAGGCUAAGGGCAGAGCUGUCUAUUUCCUCCACCUCUGAGUAGGACCCAAUCAGCUUUUGUAACGUCUCUUCAGUUUGACCAUGUUUUUCACCCACACUUCUGCUGAGCCCACACUUGCUCCUGUCAGUGGUAGGACUGUUACUACAGUAUUUGCUUUUUGUGGGGAGAGGUGAAUGUAAUAAUUAAAUUGUCAUUUUGUAUUGUCUUUUUGCCAUGAAUUUGUUUUGAAUUUUAUACUAAAGUGGGCCCAUCAUUCCCACUUUGUGAAGCCAUUCAGGACCCUCAUUUUGCCUUGGAGCACCUUUAACCUUUCUCCCAGUGUCACUUUGAAAUGUGAUGAGCUUGUCCUCACAUUCAUAUCAGGUACAAAUUCAGAGUCCGACUUGAAGCCCUACCAUAGAGCAGAGCACUUCUCCACUACUUAUGCAACCUUGCAUAGUCCCCCUUAACCUCUUGGUUUAUCGAGUCCUCAGUUAUAAAAAUGUGAGGGUUCUAUGAAUUUACAUUUGGAGCAGGACAAGUUCAAGAAGAGCUUGUCUUUGCUUUUAUUUUCCCAGCUGGAACGUCUUCAUCUCCGCUCCCUGGGUCCAAAUCUAACUUAUCCUUCAGACCCACUGCCAAAGAGCCUUCUACACAAAUCUCUGCCUCUCCAGCUGUUGAAUACUUAGGGUCAGUGCCGUACAAACUAGCUGUCUCUUAGGUUAACCUUGCCACUCAAGCCCAUCGCAGAAUGUGGGUUUCCCUUGCCCUUUUCGGUCCCCGGGACUAUGCCAGCUCACAGGUAUGCUCCACGGGGAGUGUUUACUUCACUAGGCUGGGGAGAGAAGUGUGAGGGCCCCAGCAAGGUGCUUCUCUGCCUCUACUCUGCUCUCCUCCACAAAACCCUGAGAGCCUGAAACCUGUCCCUCAAGUCACAGAUUCCUUAUGUGACCUCACUGGGUAGUGAUGACCUCACAGGCCUUCUCACAGUUUCCGUGGCAGGGUAACUACGCAGACUGUGGUGCUCUCGGGGAAACUUUCCUACCAGUUCUCUACUGGAUACCAAUCUGUUUGGUUGCCUGAGAAUGUCUGACCGGAUCUUCUAUAUUCAUUCUAACUUGUCCUCUGUCCCCUGGGAGGGCAGCACAGCAGCAGCUGUGGCUCCCACUUCUCCUCCUACACCUGGUCACUACCAUGUCCUCUACCGAGGUUGUGGAGAAACCCAAGUGGGCUGGCAUGGGGAGACAUACUGCCUGGUUGGUGGCUACCGGACCUAUGGGGAUGCUCCUGUGGCCACCCCAGCAAAGGUGGAAGCAGAGAAACCAAUUCCCAGCCGGGCUCCCAAGAGACGUCGAGCUCUGACAGAGUCGGAUAAAGACCUAGGUUGCUCCAGCCCCAAAAUUCGGCGAUUGCAGCAUGGUGGCCGGAGGAUGGCCCCACAGAAGCUUGCUGGCUGAGCCACUCUCCAGGGAGGGAAAAUGUUUAACCACCCAAGACAGCUAAUGCCUCUUCCUACAGUGAACCCCACUGCCCAUCAUUGGAGAUUAGAACCUGAGCCAUUCUGUCUGAGCUUUCGUCGGCCAGGAGCCUCCUUCCAUACUAACUGGCUAUAGACAAGGAGUCUUAGGAACUGAGGCUUGAAAUGAGAGGCUGCUCUGAACAUCCCAGGGCUGAAACUGGCCUGGAAGAAAACCUUCUGUUUCUCUGCUCAAUACUCCAGAGUCCCUUCUUGGGAAGAAGAAAGAAAAGUCUGUAUUUUUUGAGCCAACAAGGAUCCCAGAGCAGAGAGAGGGUUCAGACUGGUAUCAGCAGGGGCCCAUCUAUCAGAUGGACUCCUGUCCUGAGUCAUUGCCAGCAGCCAUCAACACAAACUAAGAGGAGCCGGGCUUUUUGAAACUGAAAAAAGCAAUCUGUGUCUACCCAGGGAGCCCCCUGUCUGGAGUUCCAGGAAGCCGAAUAAAGAGACCCAGGAAGACCCACUCCCCAGCGCAGGAAGAAAAUGGAGAGAGUUGGGUGUCACCACCACUGAGGCUUAUGUGCUCCUUCAUUUCCAGCCCUUUCUGGCCCCAGGGGGAUUUCUGACUGUUCAAUAAAACGAUUUUG